AUGGUUGAAUCGAUGCGACUGUUUGAAUCAAUUUGCAAUAGCCGAUGGUUCAUCAACACCUCCAUGAUUCUCUUCCUCAAUAAAAAGGACCUGUUUGCUGAGAAGAUCAAACGAGUGAACAUCACUAUCGCAUUCCCCGACUACAAAGGUACUUACAGUGAUUUGAAUAGUAUGUAUUUGUAA